AUUUAUGUCUCACUGAUGAGAUUUACAGCGCGUUUGUUUAAUGCUUGCGCGCUAAGCUACACGCCUCCUUUAACUUUGUUGUUGUUUUUAGCAUUGCGGCUAAGCUAAUAGCAUGAGGAAGCCUAUUCGUGUCACAAAAACUGAUACAAGACACCAAUUAUCAGGAUCUCCUGCAGAGCUGCUGACCGACUGCAUUUCAAUGGCAUCCUGCUGAGCGUUUAUUUCUAAGGAAGCAUCAUGCAGUUGGAGGCUCAUCUUCGUCUCUUUCAGAGUUGUUUGUGGUUCUGUAAAAGUUCUCAGCGGCUGUUCUCACUCAGUUCUGCACACAGGUCAUCAGCCAAUUACUAUGAUCUUCUCGGGGUGAAACCAGAUGCUACGCUGAAGCAAAUUAAGAAUGCAUUUUUGGACAAAUCCAAAAAGUUGCACCCCGACAGCGACCCAUCCAAUCCCGGUCUGCACGGUCAGUUUGUGGAGCUGAACGAGGCGUACAGGGUGCUGAGCAGAGAAGGCCCCAGGAGAGAUUAUGACCUCAGGCUGAGGUACCAGAACGCUGCGGGUCCUGUUUUCAGAUCCUCCAGCGCCACCAACAGACCCAGUGCAGAAGCUGCAGAGAGCAUCCGUUACUGGGAGCAGUUCAGACAGGCCCAGCCUCAGGAGAACAUGGCUAAGGAACGGGAAAAGUGCAAGAAAAAUAACAUCCGUUUUGUGGGCUACUGCGUGCUAACUAUGCUACUCAGUCUCUCCAUACAUUACUUUGGGUUCAGGAAACUGCAAGAGGUCCAUAAUAACUUCAUGGAUGAGAAGGAUAGAGUCAUCACUGAGAUCUACAACACAUCCAAAGAAAGAGCCAGAGUAAACGGCUUCGAGAAGCAGCAGGAAAUCUUGAGACAGAAGCACACCGAGUUCCUCGAGAGGUACAAGAUCCGACGUAAUGGAGAAGAGAAAUAAAGCAAGGGAAAGGACGGAUCAAGAAGAAUCUCAUCGCGCAAGGGUUAUGGAGAGAGUGCAGGUUAUGAAUGAAUGUUAAAGAGUGAAUUGUAUUUUGUGUUUUCUAGGGUCACGGUGUGUCAAAUGUACAAACGCGGCCCUUGUAUUUUCUCCCAACUCUGUCAGAUUAAGUGCAAGGCAAAUCAGGCGGAGUAUAGGCCAACAUGGCUUCUUAUGAGGUGUUUUAAACACCUGUACUCUUACUGUAUUUCCUGCAUUUGCAGGCGACAUUAUAACUGCACCUGGAAAGGGUGUUAUGGAAACAUUGCAUUCCUGAUAAAGUAGUUCAUCAAAACACUGAAAACACUGUACAUUGUGCACUUUGUUAAGCUCAGUGUGUGUGUGGGAGAGAUUUUCUCAUGGAAGAAUGUUAUACGGUGCUGCCCAGUGUAUUUUAUUUCAGGUGCUGGUUAUUUUCCAGCCAUAUUGAAUGCAACAUCAAAUAAUCUUAUCUUGAACAGGAAGUGAAUGGGUCUUUGCCAAGUAAUGAGAAGUUUCUUUUACCCAUGUAAUAGAUCUAGGCUGCAUAUCAAAUGCAUUUCCUACAAGUUAUUUUACAGCAAUGUUGUAUUAAACCAGACCCUUAUUCUGGAUCCAAACUCUUCGCAGACCCCCCGUUGUAACAAGGCAUAGGUCCCAAAAAAAAAUUGUUUUUCAGAAAUGCCUUUUUUGAGGAAUAGAAAAAUAUUUUAUAGUUUGACAUUCAAUGUAAAAUCAGUAAUAGACAUUCACCAGAGAGCCUUCGUCUUUAUAAAUCAAAUAUUUAUUUUUUGUGAGAUCACCCUCGUGCAAGUUUCACAGUGAACCCAUAUCACUGGGUUUUGAAGUGAUUAAUAAUUAAAGAUUUUAUGGAUCUGAGUUA